CCUUCCCGAGGCUUAUAUAAGGCACAGGGGAGAAGUCAGGGUGGAAGCCCAGGAGGCAAGAGGGAACAAGACUGGAAGAUACCAUGAAGGUUCUGGCGCUCUCUGUGGCUGUCGCCGCCAUGCUCUUGAUACUGGCACAAAACACCCAGGCAGUAGACAUCGAGUAUGAGGGCUUCCAGGUGAAGCUGGAAUCUGUGAAGAAGUUAGAUAAACUCUUGGAGCAACCGAGGGGUUCCCGUCACCAAAUAAGUGCCCAGAGAGAACCAUCUAUCCUAUGUGGCAACCCAGCACUGCCCUCCGAUCUCCAGCCCAUCUGUGAGAAUAGCCAAGCUGCCAACAUCUUCAGAGCCCUGAGAGAAAUCGCCCAAGACGACUGUGAAAUCUGCAUAAACGUGGCCUGUACAGGCUGCUGAGAGCCCUCCCCACCACAAGAAAUCGAUGUUGGUUCAGGCUUAUCCCCAUCCUGACCUCACUCUGUGCCCUCACCCCCAAAUGUGUAUAAAGGUUUACAUGUCUGGAGAUGGAGACUCCCCACAUGCUGAGCCCACCACUAGUUCCAUUCCAUGGGGCCCAGGGAAGGGCUAUGGAUUCCUGUCAUCUCUAAGCCUCUCCCCAGAAGUGAUACCUGAGGGCCCUAACAAUAGCUCUCUGACCAGGGAGCAGGGCAAGAUGAGGCAAGCUGUUCUGGGAUGCUAAUUGACACCCCAGCCCCAGAAAUUACCAGGGGCCCUCAUUCCACUCUGGAGGCCAGGUAGGGAAGCUCAAGUUCAGCUUCCUUGUGGGCCAACACAGUCUCCCCUUCUCCCCACAUUCACAAACCACCAUAGCCCAGAAGAAGGAAUGUCCUUAUGUUUGCUAGAAGGGCCUUCAUCUCCAUGUCCAUCGUCAUCAUUACCACCAUUGUCAUCGUCAUCAUCUCUAGCAGCAGCAUCCUUUGUGAGGGAUCCUCAUGUUGUGGGAUGGACCAUGAACAAAGGGAUUUAAUCAUCACAAUUCCUGCUCUUGAUGAGUUCUCCCUGUCCAAUCUGAGGCAGAUUUCUUGCUGUACACCAAUCUUCAGGAGCCCUGUUAGCCAGUGAAUAAAGAAUUGAUAAAUAUAC